UCAGCUUCCGAUAUAUCAAUCAAUUGGUGGUGUGCGACUUCGAGCGACUCUUUGCAUACCUGUUCAGAAGACAACAAUCUUCUAACGUCACUCCCUUGGACAUUUGAUACUUCGGUAAGAGCGAACUCAUGGUGUUUGCGCUUAUAUCAUGUCUAACAUAACCAGGUCUCUUCCCCAAAACUCUACCAAAAUGGACUCUUACCAAGCACCUGCUGCUGGCGCCGGUGGCCGUGGCUGCUACAACUGUGAGUUGAUACCAUGCCUACCAUGCCGCGACAUUUCACUAACAAGACUUAGGCGGAGACUCGUCUCACCGCGCUGCCGAGUGCCCCACCAAGGGUACCCCAACUUGCUACAACUGUGGUGAGAAGGGCCACGUUAGCCGUGAAUGCACUUCUCCCCAGGCUGAGAAGACGUGCUACCGCUGCGGUGGCACCGGCCACAUCUCGCGCGAGUGCACCAAGGACGGCGGUGCCCAGAUGGGUGGCCGUGGCGGCGGCAGCCAAGAGUGCUACAAGUGUGGUCAGGUCGGUCACAUUGCCCGCAACUGCUCCCAGGGUGGCGGCUACGGCGGUGCUGCUGGUGGAUACGGUGGCGGCCGUGGAGGCUACGGUGGCGGUGCCGGUGGCUACGGAGGCGCUCGCCAGACCACCUGCUACUCGUGCGGUGGUUUCGGUCACAUGAGCCGUGACUGCACCCAGGGCCAGAAGUGCUACAGACUGCGGUGAGGUCGGCCAUCUGUCGCGCGACUGCCCCCAGGAGACUUCAUCUGAGCGUGUGUGCUACCGCUGCAAGCAGCCCGGCCACGUCCAGAGCGCCUGCCCCAACUAGGGUGUUCCAGAUGCCGUCGAUG